CGCCCUCGGGCUCUCGAAGAGGGUGGGGCGGGCCUUGGCCCCGGGCGCCCGGGGACCUGGCACCGUGGGCAGGGUACUGGUUUUGCCACGCAGCCGCAGAGGCUCUGUCCCGCCGACCGGCGGCAGGAAGGGAGGGGACGCCCCCCGGAUCGCGGCAGGAACCCGGCCCGGCCCGCCUCCCAGCCGACUGAGCCGUGCGGGCCCCCAGAAGUGAUGAAAGCCGCGGCCGAGUCCAGGUCACGCCGAAGCCGUUGCCCUUUUAAGGGGGAGCCUUGAAACAGCGCCCGGGUUCCAUGUUUGCAUCCGCCUCGCGGGGAGGAAACUCCAUGUUGUAACAAAGUUUCCUCCGCGCCCCCUCCCUCCCCCUCCCCCUUAGAACCUGGCUCCCCUCCCCUCCAAAGCUCGCGGGGAUCCCUCCCUCCUACCCCUCCCCUCCCCCCCGCGCCCCGAUUCCGGCCUGAGCCGGGGGGGAGGCCGGGCGCCCGGGCCAGAGUCCGGCCGGAGCGGAGCGCGCCCGGCCCCAUGGACAGCUCGGCCGUCAUUACUCAGAUCAGCAAGGAGGAGGCGCGGGGCCCGCUGCGGGGCAAAGGUGACCAGAAGUCAGCGGCUUCCCAGAAGCCCCGGGGCCGGGGCAUCCUCCACUCACUCUUCUGCUGUGUCUGCCGGGAUGAUGGGGAGGCCCUGCCGGCGCACAGCGGGGCGCCCCUGCUGGUGGAGGAGAACGGCGCCAUCCCCAAGGUAGAGGGCCAAGGUAGGGAAGGCUGUGUAGGAGGUGCCCCCACCCAGCCCGGCCCCUCCCACCAGCAGACCCCAGUUCAGUACCUGCUGCCUGAGGCCAAGGCCCAGGACUCGGACAAGAUCUGCGUGGUCAUCGACCUGGACGAGACCCUGGUGCACAGCUCCUUCAAGCCAGUGAACAACGCGGACUUCAUCAUCCCAGUGGAGAUUGAUGGGGUGGUCCACCAGGUCUACGUGCUGAAGCGGCCCCACGUGGACGAGUUCCUGCAGCGAAUGGGCGAGCUCUUCGAGUGCGUGCUGUUCACUGCCAGCCUUGCCAAGUACGCAGACCCAGUAGCUGACCUACUGGACAAGUGGGGGGCCUUCCGGGCGCGGCUCUUCCGAGAGUCGUGCGUCUUCCACCGGGGGAACUACGUGAAGGACCUGAGCCGGCUGGGCCGCGACCUGCGGCGGGUGCUCAUCCUGGACAACUCGCCCGCCUCCUACGUCUUCCACCCAGACAAUGCCGUACCAGUGGCCUCCUGGUUUGACAACAUGAGUGACACCGAACUCCACGACCUCCUCCCCUUCUUUGAGCAACUCAGCCGUGUGGAUGAUGUGUACUCAGUGCUCAGGCAGCCGCGGCCAGGGAGCUAGUGAGGUGCCCUGGGGCCAGGACCUGCCCCUUCCUCCCGCAGAGACUGUGGGCAACUGCCCAGAGCUCUUUGUUAAGAAACCACAAGCUGCGCCUUCUUCGUGGCCCUGGGGAAGCCGGUGUCUUCCCCAGCAGCCCUGCCAGGCUGUACCGAGGACUGUAAGCCCCUGGUUCCCUGGGUCAGUGCCUUCGAACCGCCUCCCCACUCUUCAGGGGGCCUGGGGGCCCCGCCUGCUGCUCCCCCUGUCUGCCUCCUCUCUCCAUGCUGCCAUGUUUCUCUGCUGCCAAAUUGGGCCCCUUAACCCCAGUUCUGCUUUUGGGGUGGGGCCGGGUUUCUGUCAUCCCAUACCUUGGAGCCCUAGCCUGGGAGCAGUGGACACCAAGUGCCUUCAUAGAGCCCUCGCUUCCCCACCCAGCUUCCCCAGGGGCAUGGCGGCCACCAUCAGCUCCUGCCAUCAGCUCCUGCCUGGACUGGCCUGCAGGUUGCUGUGGUCUAGGCUGGUCCAGGGGGAACCAGUCUCUUCCCACCCCCACUCCUCCCUUGGAGAAGCCCCAGCAGUUUCUGUCUAGGCAGGGGAGGGCCCGGAGGGAAGAAGCUCUUACCCUGGGGAAGAGAGCCAGGGUCCUUCCUUCAGGACCCCACAGUCAGCUUCUCCAAGGCUCAUGGCUGCUCCUGUGUCACCCAGGCUAUGACCCCUUCUGCCUUAAAUACCCCAAGGCUCUGGAGCUUGGCUCCCCUUUCUGAGUAUCGGGACAUAGGCAGGACCCCCUUGUGGUGCCAUAUAAAUAUGUAUAUGUGUAUAUAGAUUUUUAAGGGACAGAGAGAGGGAAGGGUGGGCAUAGAGACACCCUCCCUCGCCCCUUUCUUGGGCCCAGAAACUGGGGGGAGGGAGGGAAAGGAUUUUUACAUUUUUUAAACUGCUAUUUUCUGAAUGGAACAAGCUGGGCCAAGGGGCCUGGGCCCUGUUCCCUGUCCUCACAGCCCUUUUGAUCCGUUCUUUCAAAAUACACUUAUUGAGCACCUUGAGUGCCCAGUGCCCACCAGCUAAGUGGGGGGUCUCCACCCCCUAAUCGGUGCCUUCUCCACCCACCCCAGACUUCACCAGUGCCUUUGGGGUAUCUGCAGGAGGUGGAACCUUCUUGUGAGGUUUGGGGGGUCUCCAGGAAGCUAGGCCAAGCUGUCCCUGUCCCCUGUGCCAACCCACCCACUGCAACCUCCUCCCUUGCCCCCUGCUGGCUGGGGGCAGCUCCCAGAAGGUCAGCCUUCCAACUCUGAUUUGUUUCUGAAACUCUUCCCCACACUUGCUGAGUCAGGAGGUCAAGGCCUUGGGCUCUCCCUGGUGUCUAAUGGUUAAGUGGACCCACAAACCAGUGCCAAGGGAGUUGGUGGGGGGAGGGAGGAUAUGGUUGACCUGAAUCGGGUGAUCUUCCCAUUUAAGUGCCUUCUUGGUGACCCAGAGCCUCACAGUGUGACAAGAACUAAAGAGAAAGUCAGACCCCCCUAUCCUGCUUCUGUGGUUUC